UAUCUCAAACUGUCACACACCAUUCCUAGUUUCCAUGCCCAAAGACAAUGCAAUAGCAGACUGAAAAAUAUACUACAAGCAAGUGGCACUCAAGGAAGCAUAGUUCUUUCUAGUUUGAAACACAUUUUGCACUUUCUAGUUUUAUAGACAUGGAGACUGGCAUAGCAUGUUACACGCGUGGGGCAUUCUUGCCUAGUGUUACUUCUCAGCAUUCAACUGGUCUAGUAUCUCCACCAUCCAUUUCUCCAUCUUUCAGCUCAAGGAGUUUGAAAUCGAGCUCACUAUUUGGGGAAUCAUUGAGAGUGGUACCAAAAUCAUCUCUAAAAGUUUUGAAGGCAAAGAACUCUUCACUUGUAACAAGAUGUGAAAUUGGUGACAGCUUGGAAGAGUUCCUUAAAAAGGCAACCCCUGAUAAGGGACUAAUCAGGUUGAUGACGUGUAUGGGAGAGGCAAUAAGGACCAUUUCUUUCAAAGUGAAGACAGCUUCUUGUGGAGGAACAGCAUGUGUGAAUUCCUUUGGAGAUGAGCAGCUUGCUGUGGAUAUGGUUGCAGACAAGCUUCUUUUUGAGGCCUUGAAUUACUCACACUUCUGCAAAUAUGCAUGUUCUGAAGAAGUUCCUGAACUCCAAGACAUGGGAGGCCCGGUUGAAGGAGGAUUCAGUGUUGCUUUUGAUCCACUAGAUGGUUCCAGUAUUGUGGACACAAAUUUCACAGUAGGAACCAUCUUUGGGGUGUGGCCUGGAGAUAAGUUAACUGGAGUGACAGGAAGAGAUCAAGUUGCUGCAGCCAUGGGAAUUUAUGGUCCCCGGACUACAUAUGUUCUAGCUCUUAAAGAUAUCCCUGGCACCCAUGAGUUCCUUCUGCUUGAUGAAGGAAAAUGGCAACAUGUCAAGGACACAACAGAAAUUAAUGAAGGAAAGCUAUUCUCCCCUGGAAAUUUGAGAGCCACUUUUGACAACCCUGACUACAAGAAGCUGAUCAACUAUUAUGUAAAUGAGAAAUACACAUUGAGAUACACUGGAGGAAUGGUGCCGGAUGUUAACCAGAUUAUUGUAAAAGAAAAAGGUAUCUUCACUAAUGUGAUCUCCCCAACUACCAAAGCCAAGCUAAGACUAUUAUUUGAGGUAGCUCCUUUGGGACUCUUGAUUGAGAAAGCUGGAGGUUACAGCAGUGAUGGCAAACAGUCUAUACUAGACAAGGUGAUCAAUAAUUUAGAUGAAAGAACUCAAGUUGCUUAUGGAUCCAAGAAUGAGAUUAUCCGAUUUGAGAAAACACUGUAUGGAUCCUCCAGGCUUGAGGCUGGGGUGCCUGUUGGAGCUGCUGCCUAAUUGAAAUAAUAUAUAUUUUUUGUUUGGAACAAAAUUAUUGCUCAUUUACUAAACAUGUAUUUUCUUCAAAUUGUGCUUUUGAAGUAAAAAUUAGGUUCAAAGACCAGUACUGACUAGUGAAAUGUUGUACUGUAAAUAAAACUUUGUUUGGAUAGCUUAUUUUUUGAAAGCUUAUGUUACUAUUUAGCUUAUUUUUGCUACUA